AUGGACGACUACGAUGCUCUCGAGGAUUUCGACUUCGAGCAGACGCUCGGCCCCGGCCCGCUUCCGCCGUCCGCGCCCGCCUUCAGCACCGCUGUCCCCGCCUCCGCUCCCGGCGCGGCGGCAUCCGCGGAGCCGAGCGCCGGCCCGGGCGCACCCGGCGGAGCGGGCGGCGGCAAUUUCGGCGCGCGGGCCGAUGGGUUCGGCGGGGGUUCGUCGCAGCACGCGCAACCCCCGUACCAGCAACAGCAGCAACACCAUCAAUUUCCGCAAAGUCAGCAGCAUCAGCAGCAGCAACAGCAGCAGCAGCCGCCGCAUCAGCAGCAGGCACACGACAUGGGAGGGGGGCACGGGGGAGGCCCGCCGCCUGCCGGUUUCCGGCGGAAUUACCGGCAGACCGUUUGCCGGCACUGGCUGCGCGGGCUGUGCAUGAAGGGGAACGACUGUGGGUUUCUGCAUCAAUACGACAAGAGCCGCAUGCCGGUUUGCCGGUACAAGCUUGGAUUCUGCCCGAACGGCCCGGAUUGCCGGUACCGACAUUUGAAGCUGCCCGGCCCGCCCCCUCCUGUGGAGGCCCUAGCUGAAAAGUUUCAGCUGCAGCUGCAGCAGCGUCCCCCCUUCCACUUUGCGGGGGGCAUGGGGGGCGGAGGGGGAGGCAUGGGGGGGGGCAUGGGGGGAGGGAUGGCGGGAGGAAUGGGGGGAGGCAUGGGGGGAGGUAUGGGGGGAGCGGGGAUGGGGAAUGGGGGGGCGAUGGGGGGAGGUAACAAGCCUGUGCGGUUCUUUUCUGGGCCUGGGGGGAUGGAGCAGCAGGGGGGCGGGGGGAUGGGUGCACAUGGCGGAGGGGGGAUGGGGGUAGGGGGAGGUAUGGGCGGAGGCAUGGGGGGAGGCAUGGGGCAAGGGGGAAUGGGACCAGGGGGGAACAUGGGCCCUGGGGGAGGAGCAGGUGGGGGUAUGGGCGGAGGCGGGGGAGGGGGAACGGGGGGAGGAGGGGAGAUGGGGCAAGGGGGGCUUAUGGGGCAAGCAGGCGGGGGAGCAGGGCCUGCUGGGGGGAUGGGCGCAGGCGGAGGGGGAAUGGGGCAAAGCGGAGGGGGAAUGGGGGCGGGCGGAGGGGCAGGGGGGGCAGCUGUGAAUCAGCAAGCGCAGCAAACAGGGCAGCAGGGACAGGGGGGGCAGGUGCAGCAGGGGGGGCAGCAGCAAGAAGGGGGAGGAGGGAUGCAAGGGGUGGGUAGGGCCACGGGCGAAGGGGGAGCAGAGGGCGCAACCACAGGGGGAGGAGGAGGCGGAGGCGGAGGGGGAGGGGGAGGGGGAGGGGUUGCCAAUGGGGUGGGGGACGGAAGGGACGGGGCAGAGGCAGGGGGUGGGAUGGGCGGUAUGGGGACUGCUGAGGGUGGUGCUGCUGCUUCUACUGGUGGGGGUAGUAGUGGUGAUGGUGGUGGUGGGGGAGGAGGGCCGGCACACAUGCCAAAUCAGGCAAACAUGCCAAAUCAGGCGAAUGCUCCGAAUCAGGGGCAUAUGCAGCAACAGCAAGGAAUGGCAGCUCAAGCAGGAGGCAUGGGAGGAGGGAUGGGUGGAGGGAUGGGUGGAGGGAUGGGGGGAGGGAUGGGGGGAGGGAUGGGGGGAGGGGGGAUGGGAGGGGGAGCAGGAGGGAUGCACGGGGAGGGGGGGAUGAUGAUAGGGGAUGCGUCAGCAGCAGGCAUGGGAGCAGCAAUGGCGCCGUCUCCGCCCAUGAGCCUCGCCAUACCCCCGCCUCCAGGCACCACCAGGUACUUCAUAGUGAAGAGCAACAAUCUCGAGAACCUCGAGCUGUCAGCGCAGCGGGGCAUGUGGGCGACGCAUCGCAACAACGAGGGGAAGCUGAACGAGGCGUAUGAGUCGUGUGACAGCGUCAUCCUGAUCUUCUCAGUCAAUGAGACGAGGCACUUCCAGGGUUGUGCUCUCAUGAUGUCGCGCAUAGGUGCCGUGGUGGGGGGAGGGCCGUGGAAGUAUGCUCAGCGAAUGGGCAGCUAUGGACAGAACUUCCGAAUUAGAUGGCUCAAGCUGUGCGAGCUCUCUUUCAACAAGACCCGUCACCUGCGCAACCAGUACAACGACAACCAGCCCGUCAAGAUCAGCCGCGAUUGUCAGGAGGUGGAGCCGUCAGCAGGCGAGCAGCUCACAGCACUGCUCUACCGCGAGCCAGACGCACCCCUCCUGGUGAGUGCCUCGUGUGCGCCUCCUGGUGAGUGCCUCGUCGCUUCUUUGUCCCCUCCUCUCGGCACUGCUUUCACCCACCCUCUCGCCCCUCCUCUCGGCACUGCUUUCACCCACCCUCUCACCCCUCCUCUCGGCACUGCUUUCACCCACCCUCUCACCCCUCCUCUCGGCACUGCUUUCACCCACCCUCUCACCCCUCCUCUCGGCACUGCUUUCACCCACCCUCUCACCCCUCCUCUCGGCACUGCUUUCACCCACCCUCUCACCCCUCCUCUCGGCACUGCUUUCACCCACCCUCUCACCCCUCCUCUCGGCACUGCUUUCACCCACCCUCUCACCCCUCCUCUCGGCACUGCUUUCACCCACCCUCUCACCCCUCCUCUCGGCACUGCUUUCACCCACCCUCUCACCCCUCCUCUCGGCACUGCUUUCACCCACCCUCUCACCCCUCCUCUCACCCCUUUCUCCGCCCCUUCUCCCCCCCUCUUCCGUUCCCCACCCCCAGGCCACGGCACGGGAAGCAGAGAAGAAGAGACUAAUGGAGCAGCAAGCUCAGGCGCAGGGGAGGGGGGGCAUGGGGGCUGGGAUGGGGGCAGGGAUGGGCGGAGGGAUGGGGGGAGGUAUGGGUGGAGGGAUGGGGGGAGGGAUGGGCGGAGGGAUGGGUGGGAUGGGGGGAAUGGGCAUGCAUAUGGGCAUGGGAGGAAUGGGAGGAAUGGGGAUGGGGGAUAUGGGGGGUAUGGGUGGUAUGGGUGGAAUGGGGGGAAUGGGGGGUAUGGGAUUGCUAGGAACGCAGGUGCUUCUGGUGGUCGCGGCGCAGGUGCAACGUCGAGCGGAGGUUCAGGGCGAGGUUCGGCUCGAGCAGGUCUGGAUGACCAGCGUCGGAGCCUUGGCUCGGGCCAAAGCAGCGGAGGAGUGGGAGGUGAUGGUGAGAGGGGGAUAGGAGUGAGAAAGAGGUUUUCGGAUGGGGAGCCGGGGGGGAGGGAAGGGGUGGAAGGGGAGAGGAGAGGAGGAGGUAGGAGUGAGAAGGGGAGUGUGGCAGAGAGAAGGGAUCCGAGAAUGAGAAGGGGUUAG